AAAACUUAAUGUUUAAGCUUAUGAUGAUUCGUCAAACACCGAACUAAGAAGUAGUUGGUUAUGGCUGGUGAAGCCGACACAAACCAAAUAAAAGCCUUGAAAUGGGCAUUGUUCAACAUUCGAGUUAUUGGCGGAUAUCGCCAGAAAAAUUCAAUAUUAUCUUAUAUAACCAUCACAUCUUUGUUUCUGGUGAUAUCCUUUAUGGUUGCAGAUUUGAUACUUAAUGUUAAUGGAAUAGAAUCAUUAAGAAGAGUAACUUUUUUACCUAGUUUGUUUGUAACAUCUGUAAAAGGAUUUUUUAUGUUAAUAAAUUCCAAACAACUCAUCAAAAUAGUUGAAAGUUUGCAACAAUUUUGGAAACCAGAUAUAUUUGACAAUGAAACACAAGAAAUGAUUCGAAAAUUGCUCCGUAAAGUGACUCUAUUAUGUGCGUCGUAUUCUUUAUCAGGACUAGGUGUAUGCAUUUUGAUAGCCACUAUGCCGUUACUAAGCAUACAAGAAAGAUCACUUAUUUAUAAUGAUUUUACAUUCUGCAAUCUACAAAGUUUAUUCUGUUGGAUUCCAAUGUACAUUUGGCAGUUUUACGCCUUAAUGCUUGAAAUGAUACCUGCUUGUCUUGGAUUUGAUUGUUUAUUUGUUAGUUUUAUCGGUUAUAUUAUGACUGCGUGUUCGUUAAUCAAAAUAGCUUUACAAAAACUAAACACAGAUAAUCUGAAAAAACGCCAUUACAUUUUAAAAGAAAUUGUUAAACAGCAUGAUUUUAUGAUGACAUUUUUAAAUUCAGUUAACGAUAUGUUUACGAUUGUAAUGCUAUUGCAAUUUUGGGGUUCUUUAUGGUCUAUGAUAUUGAUGCUGAAUAUGAUGGUUGCUAAUGGAUUACCACCAAGAGCUGCAGAUGUAGCUUAUUUUGGAACCCUUUACGCAAUCAUUUUCUUUCAAAUAUUUAUAUAUUCCACAGGAGGAGCAAUAAUUGAAGACAGGGUAUAAUGGUCAACUGGUAUGGGCCGAAUCGCACAGAAUUACGCAAAAAUUUAUCACUAAUGAUUUUUCGAGCACAACGAACAAAGAUACUAAAUGCAGGAAAAAUGUCUGAUUUGAAUUAUCCUUUGUUUAUUGCAACUGUAAAGAAUUCUCUGUCAGUAUUUACAUUAAUUUUCCAAUUGGCUAAUCAGGACACUAAAUAAGUUGAACGAAAUACAUUGCUCAUUUACCGGACAUUCAAUAUACAACAAGAAAUGUGUCCUGUUAUAUUUAGGGCUGUAAGUAUUAAAAAUGAAAGAUUCAGGAUUAAUGAAUCUAAACCAACAUAGCAAUGUAUAGCAUGUGUUAAACUAUGAUAUAAUCAAUAAUAUUUUAUAUAAAUAUAAAUACAAUGAAACAAAAGAA